AUGUACUCCAUGUCGACAAUCAAGUCCUACGAGCCCUAUGUGGACAGCUGUGCUGCGCUUCUUCUGAAGCGUUUCGAUGAGUUCGCCGAAAGCGGAGAGACGUUCGACCUGCAGCAGUGGAUGCAGUGCUAUGCAUUCGAUGUGAUCGGUGAGAUCACGUCCGGCAGACGAGUGGGUUUCUUGGAAUCUGGCGGACAAGAUGUCGACGGCAUCAUGCGAGGUCUAGAAAACGCCAAUGCCUUUUCCACACUUUCGGGCGUCAACGCUGUCCUACUGCCAAUACUUUUUAUCCUUUACGGUAACCCUGUUCGUGGUAUCGCAAGUUUUGCGCGAAAGCUCCAAUCUGAGAGCGAUGAAAUUGACAUCAAGGAAAAGCAUGGCGGAGAGACCUUCCUGGCAAGAGUUCAACGACUGCAAAAGGAAGACCCGGAGGAAUACGAAAAGUUUCGUAUUCGAACGAUUACUCUGACAGGAAACGUCGCAGCCGGUAGUGACACCACAAGCAUCUCUCUAACAAGUGCGCUAUAUCACCUCCUCACCACCAAUGGUGUCGCAGAGCGCUUGUACGAAGAGCUCGAUUCUCAAGGCUUCUGCUCUAGUCUCGACGAACAUAUCACUUUUGACCAAGCCCAGCAACUUUCGUACCUCCAGAUGGUCAUCAAAGAAGCCCUGCGACUCCAUCCAGCCGUCGGCUUGCCCAUGUGGCGCGAAGUCGUAGGGUCAGGUCUGGACGUCGAUGGAACCCAUUUUCCACCUGGGGCACUCAUCGGUGUCAAUCCAUGGGUAGCGCACCGGGACACAGAUGUCUUUGGCACGAACGCCGCAGACUUCGUACCAGAACGGUGGGAUCCCAAUUACACCUCCUCGGAGACAUUGGCGGCCAUGGAGCAGUACUACCUGCCUUUCGGAGCGGGCGCAAGGACCUGCAUAGGGAAGCAUAUAUCCCACCUGGAGAUGGUGAAGUUGAUUCCAGAGCUGGUCAAGAUUCAAAUGGCUCGAUGUCUGGAGAGCGCCUAA